AUGAUGCGGGCUAUGUUUUGGUCGAUUAAAAAGAAGAAUGAAUUAAUUGGCAAAGUGGGACAUCUAUACUCCCCACCAAAAGAUUAGUUAAAUCCUACAACCCCCACUAAGUGGAAUUAAAUUUAGAAUCUUUUUUGCAUCUGCAAUUUUAUUAUUUUAAAAUACUUGAGAGAGCGCCUUGUCUCAUGUUGGAUGACAUUUAUCCGUUGUUUGGUUGGAACGAACCAGUUCCCACAGAAUUCAAAGAGAUAUUUUCAAAAUGUGUCAAGAAAGAAACUGAAUUGGGUCAUGAUUCCAAUUCCAGGAAGUGCAGCAGCACAUUAGAAGAAUCCUUAAUUGUUGACGAAGAUUAUGAAAUAAUAGGCAAGAGUCAAAACGAUAAUUCCAUAUGUCCAAUCUGCUACCAGAAUGUGUAACUGGGCAACACAUAAUUGUACUCAAAUCAUCUCUCCCUCUACUUCGAUGUCCAUACCCAAUGCGCCCUAAUGUGCAAACAAAAACCAGCCUCCCUGGCUUUAUUGCAUGAACACAUCCAAUCGGCCAAAUUUAUCAAGCGCGUCCCCAUCGACUACGAUCUCCUCGACCUCAACAUCAAAGCCUUCGUAGAGUUCCGAGUCUUUCACACCAUUGCCCAAAAACCAUUCUUGCAUCUGA